AUGAACUGUUUCAUCCAUGAAAACAUAUCCACCAUCGUUGGUUCUGGGUCCGCUCUGGGACGGCAGCCUGGACAUCGAUGGAAUUCGUAUGAAUCCGGCAAUGGGGUGCUGCAGGUGGAGCAGGACUUUGAACUUCGUCAGUAUGAAGAAACUCUUUGGGUAACAACUUCACUAAAACAGGACAUUUUUGGCAUCGGGAUGGUGUUUAGUUUCAACCGCCUGUUUAUGUAUAUCAAUGGGAACAAUGCUGAAGGGCUGAAGAUGAGUAUGACUGUACCUGUGAUAGUACACGUGCCAUUAAAACCACCCACUGAGAACACUACAAUGUCCUUCUUUGUGAAGUAUCCUGCAAAACCUACAGACCCUGAGGUUUACCUGGAGCCACGUCCUGCAGCUUCUGUAUAUGUCAAGACUUUUGGAGGAUAUGCCCUAAACACUAUGUAUGCUGAGCAAGCUAAAGCCCUAGCAGAGAAGCUGGAGCUCCUUGCUCUGCCGUUUGAUGAUACAUACUUCAUACAUGGUGGCUACGAUGCUCCUUCUCAAAUUUUCAACCGUCAUAAUGAAGUGUGGUACAUGGCAAAGUCCUCUCACCCGAGGGGAUUUCAUCGUUCCUCUGCUCCUCAGCCCUGA